AUGAAGAGCCUAGUCGUCCAAGUCCUCACCGGACGGUGGUUCAUGGUGUUCGCCUCCUUCCUCAUCAUGUCCGCCGCCGGCGCCACCUACAUGUUCGGCCUCUACUCCACCGACAUAAAAGACUCCCUCGGCUACGACCAAUCCACCCUCAACUUGCUCAGCUUCUUCAAGGACCUAGGAGCCAACGUCGGCGUACUCUCCGGCCUCAUCAACGAGGUUACGCCGCCGUGGGUGGUGCUCUCAAUGGGUGCAGUACUUAACUUCUUCGGCUACUUCAUGAUCUGGCUAGCUGUAACCAAAAAAAUUUCAACACCCCAAGUUUGGCAGAUGUGUUUGUACAUAUGUAUCGGAGCAAACUCUCAGGCUUUCGCUAACACCGGAGCUCUGGUCACCUGCGUCAAGAACUUCCCGGAGAGCCGAGGAGUCGUGUUGGGUCUUCUCAAAGGUUUUGUGGGUCUAAGUGGUGCGAUCAUAACCCAACUAUUCCAUGCAGUUUAUGAUAAUGACACAAAAUCUCUCAUUCUGAUGAUCGGAUGGAUGCCGGCGGCGAUCUCGUUCGCUUUCCUCCGAACAAUUCGGAUCAUGAAAGUUGUUCGACAACCCAAUGAGCUCAAAGUUUUCUACCAUUUUCUCUAUCUCUCUCUUGGUCUCGCUUCGUUUCUCAUGGUGAUCAUUAUUGUCGAAAACAGGUUUCGUUUUUCUCAGAGUGAGUAUGGUGGUAGUGCAGCCACAGUUCUGAUCUUGCUCUUUUUACCUCUAGCUGUUGUUAUAAGAGAAGAGUAUUAUCUAUGGAAGAAGAAGAAAGAAGCCAUGGAUAAUCUUUCCCAGCUGAAGAUCACAACAGAGUUGCCGAACACCGAGACUACGUUGCCUCCGCCACCAGCACCGUCGUCGUCUUCCACCGCCGCUACUGAACUACCCAGUUCCCCAAAGGAAGAAGCUUCUUGCUUCAAAACAAUUUUCCAGCCACCUAAUAGAGGCGAUGACUUCACUAUCCUUCAAGCACUCUUCAGCAUCGAUAUGCUGAUUCUCUUCCUAACAACAAUCUGCGGAGUCGGCGGGACAUUGACGGCCAUAGACAACUUGGGUCAGAUCGGAACUUCUCUCAGAUACCCAACUCGAAGCAUUAGUACUUUCGUCUCUCUCGUCAGCAUUUGGAACUACCUCGGAAGAGUAGUCGCCGGUUUCGUCUCCGAAAUCCUNGAUGAUAUGAAGAAGAAAGAAGCCAUGGAUAAUCUUUCCCAGCUGAAGAUCACAACAGAGUUGCCGAACACCGAGACUACGUUGCCUCCGCCACCAGCACCGUCGUCGUCUUCCACCGCCGCUACUGAACUACCCAGUUCCCCAAAGGAAGAAGCUUCUUGCUUCAAAACAAUUUUCCAGCCACCUAAUAGAGGCGAUGACUUCACUAUCCUUCAAGCACUCUUCAGCAUCGAUAUGCUGAUUCUCUUCCUAACAACAAUCUGCGGCGUCGGCGGGACAUUGACGGCCAUAGACAACUUGGGUCAGAUCGGAACUUCUCUCAGAUACCCAACUCGAAGCAUUAGUACUUUCGUCUCUCUCGUCAGCAUUUGGAACUACCUCGGAAGAGUAGUCGCCGGUUUCGUCUCCGAAAUCCUGUUAACCAGAUACCAAUUCCCUCGGCCAUUGUUGCUUACAAUGACCCUUGUUCUCUCAUGUGUUGGUCACCUUCUCAUAGCCUUUGGUGUCCCAAAUUCUCUCUACGUCGCCUCAGUAAUAAUUGGUUUUUGCUUUGGAGCACAAUGGCCGUUGCUUUUCGCCAUCAUAUCUGAGCUUUUCGGACUAAAAUACUACUCCACACUCUACAAUUUCGGCUCAGUGGCGAGCCCAAUUGGGUCGUAUAUACUCAACGUGAGGGUUGCUGGACAUCUGUACGAUAAGGAGGCGAAAAAACAGAUGAGUGCUUUGGGACUCACUAGGAAGCGUGGUGAGGACUUGAAUUGCACCGGAGUGGAUUGUUUUAAAUUGGCUUUCAUUAUAAUCACGGGGGUGACGGUGUUUGGUGCGCUUGUUUCAGUUAUUUUGGUGGUUAGGACUAGGAAGUUUUAUAGGAGUGACAUUUACAAGAAGUUCAGAGAGGAGGCCAAAGCAGCUGAGACGGAGAUGGCACUGGGGGAGAACGGCGUCAUCGUCCGAUCAUCAUCGGGGACGAAGGGGGGUUGAAGAUUGACGAGAAUAUAUGAAAUUACAGGGUUUUUUUUUUGUUUUUUCGUUGUUAUUGUUAUUGUUGUUGUUGUGAGUUUGGAAAAUUGAGAGAAAUUAAGGAAGAUUGGCUAAGUGAUUCUUGAGUAAAAUGGUC